CAGCUCCUUACUGCCCUGCAGUCCUGCGUGCUUUUGGCCAGGGAAGAAGGAAGCAAAUUCUUUAAAACCCAGUCUGAAGUUCUCUUGUUCACAGACAUCUCUUGGCUAGUAAAACAGGAGGAAACUACCCUGAUCAGCACAGCAAACAACAAAAACAUCAUGCAAAAAACCCUGCAAAGAAAAUGAAGGAAAGCCAAGUGCCAAAGAGUGAGAAAGAACGCCCUUGUGGAGAAUCUGAACGCCAUCAAACGGAAGGGAAUUUUAGGCAAAGGCUGCUUCAGUCUCUCGAAGAAUUUAAAGAGGACAUAGAAUAUAGGCAUUUUAAGGAUGAAGAAAUGACAAGAGGAGAUGAGAUGGAAAGGUGUUUGGAAGAGAUAAGGGGUCUGAGAAAAAAAUUUAGGGUACUACAUUCUAACCAUAGGCAUUCUUAGGACCACCCUUAUCCCAUUUAAAUGCAUUUUAACCCUGAAUUCAACUAUAU